UGCCGCUAGUCAUGUUUUAUACAAAAUGCAAAUAUCCCAACUUUAUUAAUAUCUUCCUCUUUUAACAAAAUUGAAGAAACCCUAACCCUAGAAUUGCAGUCAUGGCGUCCAGAAAGAAACAAUUAGAAGGAAUCGCAUUACUCUCAAUGUACAACGACGACGAAGAAGACGAUGAAGAAAUGGAAGAUCUCCAUUACCAACAACCACAUAACGACAUGGAGGAAGAUGCUCUGAAGGAUGAUAACGCCAUGGCUACCGAAGCAGAAGCAGCUACCUAUUGUAGAAAUUCAACUCCCAAAGGAGGAAUUUUACGGCUUUUGAAGCCGCAGCAGCAAGGAGGGACUAUUAAUUUGGAAACAAAAAGAAGUAAUAGAGGAGGGACACUUGCUAUUGUUGAUUAUGGCCACGGUGAAGUUGCUAUGUCCCCUGAACCCGAGGAAGUGGAGUUUGAAGAGAAGCUUCAAAGUGUCAAUGGUGUUAUCCAAGAAAAAUCUUCUCCAGGAACUGCUCAUUUUUUAUCUCCCAGUUUUCAAGCAACUCCACAAUCAUUUGAAAAUUUAGGACCAUCACAGCUUGAUGAAAUAAAUGAUACCACUAAUGAAUCAGAAGCUGUCAACACUGAAGGUGCUAAUGAGGUUCCUGCAGAGGGUGUUAAUCCAUUUGAUAAAUUUCUUCCUCCACCACCAAAAGAGAAGUGCCUGGAGGAGUUGCAAAGAAAAAUUGAUAAAUUUCUUGCUUUGAAGAAAAUUGGGAGAAGCUUCAACUCAGAAGUCUGCAAUAAGAAGGAUUAUAGGAACCCUGACUUCUUACUGCAUGCUGUGAGGUAUCAAGUUAUUGAUGAGAUAGGAUCUUGCUUCAGGAAAGAUGUAUUUGACCCUCAUGGAUAUGACCAAAGUGACUACUAUCUUGAGCUAGCAGAGGUUGGCAUGAGGCGUGAAAGGGAGAGGAAGGAGCGAGAGUCGAAGAGAAGUACAAAGGUCGAACGUGUUAUGGGGGGGAUUCAGCCUGGAGUGGUUGUACCUCCAGCAAAGUUCAGUAUGCCUAUUCCAGUUUUCACUGCUAGUGGGAUGCGUCCAUCUUCAAAUGCAGCUGAUGCAGCUCCUCUUGAGGUUAGACAGAACAAGAAGUCAAAAUGGGAUAAGGUGGAUGGUGAUGGAAGGAAUUUACUAACUGGUGGACAGGAUUCUUUAGCUGCAGCAGCGGCAGCUCAAGCAGCACUAUUAUCUGCAGCUAAUGUUGGUUCUGGAUACACAGGUUUUGUUAAUUGGAUUAGAAGGACAGCCAGCCCUUCCACGGGAGUGAGUUUUCUGGUGGGUUUGGUAUGAAGAUUAAAAGUUUGGUAUGAGCUGUAAAUUUGUGGCAGCAGAAACGGCGAGAGGCAGAAGAAAGAAGAUCCGGAGAAAGGAAGUUGGAAAGAAGAUCUUGAGCAUUUUGUCAUACGCUUCUGCAAUGAAUUCAGGAUAUAUACCAUUUUGGGAAUGGACAAAAUUGCUCUAGGCAACAUUGCUUUGUUCUUGUUAACAUGCUAAUUUUUAUAAAAGAAAUUGUAUUUAAUUGCAACUAAAAGCUAAAUUUUGUAAUUUUCAGCUUGAAGUGUAAUAUAGCUUAUAGCAUGAGGUCGACCUCUUCUGCUUGCUGUGCACGUGUAUGUGAUUAGCUGACUGGUUUUUGCAGGGAGCAACCAUGGUUAUAAAACACGCCCAGCCUCGUUGGCUUUCUUUUUCUU